AUGAAAAAAGAUGAAGUUUUAAAUAGAGAUGGAGAAAAGGAAAAAGAAAAACUUCAAGAAUCCUUGAAAAUAAUUGAAGAAAUUCGCAAAGAUAAUGAAAAACGUGAAACAAAAUCAUCUAAAAAUGAAUACGAUAUACUGCUUAAAUCAGCUAUAAAAGAGUUCAAAAGAGGAAAUUAUUCGUCCUCGAUUUGCUCUUUAACUAGCAUUAUUUCUGCUAACCAUAAAAAUAAUCAAGAACAAUUAUUGGCAGUUGAUGCAAAAUUUUGUAAUUCAAAUUUUAAAGAAAAUGCAAGAGAUAAAUUAAUAAUGUGUUACUCUCAAGGAAUUGGUGUUAAAAAAGACAAAUCAAAAGCUGAUAAACUUUACAAUG